AAAAAAAAAACUGAGCGAGUGAACAAAGUAAGCUGGGUGGUGUUGGUAGCAGCGGCAGCGGUGAUGGUGUUGGGUAACUUCACUCAGAGUUAGCUGUUCAUUGUGAACAGCAGGACGACAGCUACAGAUUAACAGCAGUGGUAAACGCAGUGGAGAUCAGGAGGUUUACCAAACAGCUGGACUGGACCGCUGGAUCCCUCUGAGCAGGGAAGAAAAGGCUCACAGCCAGCGACCUGAACGAGCUGAAGAUGUUGGCUCUGAGGACGUUUGUUGUGCUAGGACUGAGCUGGACAUGUCGGGCGGCGCCUGGUGAUCCGUGGGGUCAAUGUCCAGUCAGCAGAAAGUGUAAGGACAAGUUUGGAGACAAUUCAUGUAACAGCGAGUGUAUGGAGCCUGAGUGCCUCAGAGACGGCUUCGACUGCCUGACGGACUGGACCUACUGCAAUCCGGGCCACAUCCAGUACUGCCGUGACCACUACGCCAACUCCCACUGCGAGCAGGGAUGCGACAGCGCCCUCUGUGGAUGGGACGGCAGCGACUGCUUCACACAGCAGAGCCCCCGGUGGGCCAAAGGCACUCUGGUCCUUCACGCCAACAUCCCACAACAACGUGGCACCUUCUCCAACAGCUCCCUGCUCUGGGCACUCAGCGCUCUCCUCCAGUCGCCACUCAAACUGAGAGGGUCCGCUCCCCUCGCCACUAACAGGAACUUGUUUGACUUCGACCCUCAGCAGCUCGCCAACCUGCUGGCUCAGGCAUCUGCGGCUGACUCAAAUGGCUCCCUCCUUUUCCUCCAAGUGGACAACAGGCCGUGUUUGCGUCUACCCUCUACCUGUUUCCCCUAUGCCACAGAGGCAGCCAGUUUCCUGCGUGCUGUAAUGAUGCUAAAGCCUCGCCGGUUCCCCACCUUCCCUGAGCUGAAAGCCGUCAUCAGCAUUAGAGGUGUCCGAGAGGAAAUAGGAAGCAGAGAGGAGGAAACGGGGAAAGAGGAAAUCAAAGAUCCGACCCCUGCAUGGCUGUGGGCCGUGGUUGCCGUAGCGAUUGGCCUGCUGCUGGUGCUGGCCCUGGUGGUGUUCCUGGUGGUGAGGAGGGUGAGGCAGCAGCGGGCGGAGAGGGAUGGUGGUAGCAGGGUGAGACACCGCUCCACGGUCACGGACAUUGACCCCAAAUCCAAGGUUCUGACCCCACACAUAGCCCACCAGGAGCAGAGGGUUCGAUCCAGCAGAGAGAAAGACAAGAUCAGCCUGAGGAAAAAGAAGAAAGCGAAGGAAGCAGAGAAAAAGAGGAGGCGGGAGCCGCUGGGGGAGGACGCUAUUCGAAUGCGACCUCUCAAAAGGGACCAGGAUAUAGGAAGUGACACAGACUUUACCCAGAGUUCAAUGGAAGACAUCAAUGCAAGAUGCUCCAGGCGGCAGGAGGACGCCUCCAUCUGUGACCACAGGAGCCAGGAGCAGAAGCACUACCGGGCAGGAACCUCACAGCCCCGCAGACCUAUACAACCUCCACCUAGAGGAUGGGAGAGAAACGCCAUGCCUCCUCCUCUGCUCAGCCCUCCUCAACAGUCGGCAGAGUGGUGCGGCCCAGAUGGGUCUGUGGUUCUGAUCCGAGCUGUGCGUAGCGGGCUUGACAGAGUGGUCUUGGAGCUGCUGCGAGCAGGAGUGCCAGUCAACAACACUGAUCACACCGGGAGAUCAGCCCUGCACUGGGCAAGCUCAGUAAACCACCUCUCCCUUACAAGGACCCUCAUUCGCUAUGGUGCCGCUGUCGACCUGCAAGACAACAAGGGCGAGACGCCGCUCUUCCUCUCCGCCAUCCAUGGCUGCUAUGACACAGCCAGACUUCUCCUCCUUCAUGGUGCCAACCUUGAGCUGCACGAUCGCAGAGGACGUCGUCCAGUAGACGUGGCCAGAGAGGGCAUGCAUCACCAGGUCCUGGAGCUCUUAUUGGCUCACCAAAUCCAGAGAGGGCCAGUUCCCGUCGACUCGACCAAUGACAUGCUGUGGGAGGAGCGCGCUCUGAUGUACUCGCCGUGGGUUGGAUCACAAGGCCUCCCUGGAAGAAGUGCCUCCUUCUCUGGGAUCGUAGGGCAUCGAGAUAUGACCCCACCUCCACAAAAUGAUUGGUCGAUGAGCCGAGUGCAGUACCCCUCCCCUCAGAACUGGCGACCACAGCUCAACCAAUCAGCAACAGCGCUGGUCCCUCCGAGAAUCAUGGGCCGCUCCCCUCGGCCGAUCAGCACCUUACAGGAAGUGACCUCAGAAGACGAGGAUCGCGAUAGGCAUCAGGAAGUCCCCAGGGCCGCAACACCUCACUUCCUGUCGCCCCAGCCUGCCCCUCGACAGCGUUCCUUCUCCUGCACCCAACAUGCAUUGCAGCGUCGCUCCAGUGCCCAUCAGCCAGAGCCCAAUUAUAUUAUUGUGACAGACAGAACAGCCAAUGAGCCCAUAGAAAGAGUGGUUGUUUCACCUCCCACAGAUGCUGCCACCCAAUCAGAUCGCCCGCCAGUUGUAAAUGGUGACACUCCCAGUAGAGCAGAACAAGCAGCGGUGAGUUCAACAAAUCCAGAGCCGAAAUCCAGAGGUGAGAGGUUAAACAACACCCAUGACUCCACACAAACAGCCUUGUAAAGAACAGAAACAACUAAACUUCAGCUGCCUUUCCAUUCAGCCCAUAAGAGUAGCAACGAAGAACACGAGACGAUAACGACUUACAGUGAAGCAAGACUGACAGAGAGACACUUGAUGUUUAAUUUGGCAUUAGGUGUAUUUUGCUGUUAAGCCCAGUGCAAACCAGAGGACUUACAAUGACGCCCAAAACUGGAGGGACUCCAGCCAGGAUUUACUGUAAUUUUAGGAUCUUAGUUAUAAUUCAACAUGCAGCUGUUGGGUGUCACCUGACAGAUUUGCUUGUUAAAUUACUUAUUUGUUAUAUUUUAAAUACACAGCAGCACUUCCCAAAUCACCUCCCCAGUUUUUACUCAGCCUUGCCUAAAUUAUUAUUUUUUAUUUUUUAAACAUUUUUUUAUUUUAUUUUUUACGAGGGAGGGGGAUAUUGUUUCUUGUAAAUUUUCUGUGACGUGACAAAGUCAAAUAAAACAUCAUGUCUGAGAUGAAAGUGAUAAAUGAAAUGUGGUGAAUAUCACAAUCAAGCUGAAACUGCAACAGCUUGUGAACCUCGUUGCCAAAUAUUGUACAGUUUUCACUGUCUUGACACCUAACAGGUUGUAUUCUGAUUAUUGUGGAAGUAAUCAGAGAAAUUAUUAAUAGUCCAGUGUGUAGGAUUUAGGGGGACAAAUUGGCAGAAAUGGAAUAUAAUGUAAAACUAUGUAAUAUAAUGUAAUGAAAAAUGUCAAAGUAUACCAUGUCGUCCAAAAUCAUGAAAAAACGUCAAGUAUACCAUGUCGUC